CUUCCUAUACUCGCUUUUCUUUGCUUUUGCUUUUGCCAAACUUCUUUGCCUUGGCCUUGGGUUCGAUUACCAAACUUCUUUAAAAUAAUACUACUAAACACAACAACACACAAUGUAUAAGAUCAUCAAAAAUCCACUCCAUUUUUCUCACCACCAACAACACCAAGUCUCUUAGUACUAAUAAGUAUCAUUGGAUAUACUAUUCCUUUUAUAAAACAAAACAAAAACAACAUCAUAGGAUUCCACAACUCACUUCCCAACCAAAAACCCAGAACAGAACUACUCUCAAAUCAUCGUCAACAUCAACAUCAACAUCGAGAUCAAAGAAAACGAUGCCUCUUCCAUGGAAGAAGCAGAAGCGGAGUCGUAUAUCAAGAAUAGUGGCGGAUCUUCAGUCCUCGCCGAAGCGAGGUGGGUCUCUUGUUGUUCAGACUGGCUUUCCCACUUCUCUCAUCGACCUCUUCGUCCAGAACCGUGACCGACUCAACAAAAACAAGAACAAGAAGAAGAAGAAAGAGAAAUCUCCCUCCUACGAAGACGACAUACCCACUAGUCCUGUUGAGAUCCAACAAGAAAUUCAAGCCGAUCCGGCACUUUCAAUUUCACCGACUCCAUCUGGGUCGGUGAGUUUUGGCGUUGACGAGGAUCUGACGCCAUUGAAGUUGAAGGAAGCAGAGGUUAGCGAGGUUUGUAGCAAAGAAGAUCAGGUUUUUAAGAAUUUCGGUGUGGUCUUGAAAUUUAUGUUUGUGGGGGUGGUUGUGGUAUUGGGUUUCAUGAGUACUAAACGACUUGCCGUUUGUAUUACCUUCUCCGCGUUUCUGCUUAUUCUCGCUGACUAUCUUUGUAAGAGGUCCUGUUUCUUCUCGGCUAGACCUGCUUUGGAGUCUUUGGUUCAAAGGGUGCAGAAGGGUUUGUUGGUAAUCAAGAACAUCAAAACUUGUGAGGCUGUGAAUGGUGUUGUGGAGGAAGUGAUUGGUGGUGGGGCUGAAUCGAAAUCUGUGAUCGACGAAAUCCAAAUUGUAGAGACUAGUUUUGUUGUUGAUGAUUCCAAUGAGAUUGUUAGUGUUGGACCUGAGAUUGAUUGCUUUGAAGAUGAGGCAAAAGAGGCGGCGAAGGAGGUGGUGGUGGAUGGAUCACAGGUGUUGGUUUGUACAGAUGAGAGUUCCAAAGGUUGUAGUAGGAGAGGAAAAGCAAAGAAGAUCUUCAAGAAAUUGGUGCCGAAGAGGUUGCGGAAUUUGAAGAAGGAAAAGAAGGGGAAGAGGAUGAUGGAGGAGGAGUCUAUCAGUGAGGCAUCGAGUAAUUUGGGGGAUGAAUAUGAUACAUUGGGGAGUGGAGUUGAUGAGGAGAAAGAGGAUGGUAUUGGUAUAGACCAAAAUCAAAGCGUACGUAAAUUAAAUUCAUUAGAAGAAGAAGAAUUAGGUGGUGAUGGAAAUUCUAGUAUUGAUCAAGUAUCACGGGCUGGCAAUGAGUCGGCAGUGAUUGGUGAAAGGAAGGAGGGGAGUUUGGGUUAUAUAACUCUCCUUGUGAUUGUUCUUUCUGGACUUGCAGGAGGUAAAGUUGUGGCUUUGACAAUCACAAUUUCAUGUUGUUUCAUCUUGAAGUUUUUGAAGUUUAUUGGAUAUAGAAGAAGAUCUGUAAAUGUGUCUUAAGGCCAGGUGCUAUGUCCCUAUCUCAAGUUAGAGUUUUUGGGUAAAAAUUUUUUCCACUUUAUAGUGAUAGUGUUGUUUCCAUUUUGGUAAAGUGUUAAUUGAAUCCUCAAAAGUGUAUUUCGAAAGCUCUGUAUGGUAGAAAUGCCAACCAUUUUGUUGGCAGUGUAGCCAGAGCUUUUGUACUUUGAAAUGUAAAUUCACAGAUACGAAGUAUAGUGCACAAUUUUAACUCUUUCUUUGAA